ACGUGACCAAACAAAGAUGGCAGUCUGUACACUUUAUAAUAGGUAGGCAUGCACCAAAAUUCUUUCAAUAUUUAUCGAUAAAACCUGACAUUCUUUUAGUAGCCUAAUUAUUUUCGCUUAAUAUUAUUAUUUAAAAAUACAUUUCACAGCAUUGUGACAUAUUUGAUAAUGAAUGACGAAAUCAAUUUAAAUUUAUUACUAAGUUACUGCUAAGCCUAAGCUACUAUAUACUGACAGUCUGACUAUAUUUUAUUAAUAUUAAUAAUUAAUAAUAUUAUAUUUAAUUAUUAUUAUUAUAUUUAUUCAAAUUAUGGAACCUCAAAUAACUUUGAUUGAAUGAAACAACUCUUACUGCUGCUAUAUGAUGAUGAUUAGGUGAACUAUAAUAUUAAUAUCUCUUUACAAUAUGAUUAUCUGUUUAUCAAUAAUACAAUGGCAUGGUCUAUAGCAGCGAGGAGUCUUUAAAUUAAAAAUAAUACUAUCUAUACUAUAAUGACUUUAACUACUAUACUAUGACUAUACUGUAGUAUACUAUAGCCUUAGUUGACUAUAAACUAUGAGUAUGACUUAAGUCUAUAGUAUAUAAUAAUAUAUAAUAUAAUAAGUAUAGGCUAUAAUAUAACUAUAAGUGUAUGUAUAAGUAUAAGGCAUAGGCUAUUAUAUUUAUAAGCAUAGUCAUAGAGUAAUUAAAUUACAUUUAGGCUUUUGGCUUUUACUUUUAGCCCUAGUUUAAAGUAAAAGUGAGUGAUGAAUUAUAUUGAUUGGCAAGUGGUUCUUAGCAUUAAUAUUUUUAUUAUAUAUUUUUAUUAUAUGUAGUUAUUAUAUGUAGCCGAGUGGUGACGUUGGCUGACAGUUUCAAAAUCACAAUAAAACAAUCAGGCCUGAGGACUAUAGCUUUUUAAUGUUAGGUACAAUCCGUUGACAGAGACAACAAUAAAAUCUCUGGCACAUGCAACCGACUCGAGGUAUUCGUUCUCACACAACAAUCUCAAAAUGUACACACUCCAAGUCCCAGUUCACCCUCCGUUAAACAAGAUAUGAACAUCAGGAUCACAAAAGCAGCAGCAACUAUGGCUAAAUCAAAUAAGUGGGUGUGGAAUAAUCUUAAACUAACUUAAACUAUAUGGCAGUGAAGUUAUGGACCACAUAUGCCAGUCAUGAGAGGAAACUUAAAAUGUUUCACCAAAAUGCCUAUUUUGCCUUUGGCACAUUUGAUGGCAGGACAUGGUGCCUGACUCGGAGGUUUUGGAAUGAGCCAAAAUGUGAAGCAUGUUUUCAACCCCUUCACUAGUUAGGUCAUGUAAGGAGAAUUGAGAAAGGCUGUUUUCCAAAAGCUCUGCUGUAUAGAGAGUUGGCUGAAGGGGCAAGACCUAUUGAUGGAAGCUGUGAUUUAAAGACGUUUGCAAAAAGAGAAUGAGGUAAGCCAACAAGGAAAUCAGUGAAUUGGAGCUCAUCACUGAGCAUUUUUCCAGCUGGCAAACCACAGUUUAUGAAGGAGUCAAAAAGGCCAAAGUUGCUUGAAAUGAAGCUCUUGCAGCAAAAAGAGCAUCAAAGAAGGCAAAAUUUAAGUAGGAGUCAAGGUUCUACUGCAAGAAAUGCAGUCCAGACUGUCAGUCUCGUAAGCCAUUUGAUGAAGUGUCCAUAGCUGCUCCAUCAUCUCGUGAAGAUGAAAGGAUGCCACAUAUAUAUAUAUAUAUAUAUAUAUAUAUAUAUAUAUAUAUAUAUAUAUAUAUAUAUNCAUAAUACAUAUUCAAUAGAAACAUAAUAUAAAUACAAAUAUAUAAAUUUAUAAAUAUAUAUAUAUAUAUAUAUAUAUAUAUAUAUAUAAAAUAAUAUAAUUUGCUUGAAAUAUGAUGCCUAAUUAGCACAAUUCUUUUUCCAGGGCUGGGCUUGGUCUGUAUGGCCCUUAUGUCAGCUUUAAAUAAUAAUAGAAAUAUAAUCAAGUGUUUAGUGAAGAUAGCCCACAAUUGAUUAAAAAUCAGUUUUAAAUAAAAUUUGAUAGAAACAACACUUCUUGACAGAGCUUCAAUAAGAAAUAAUGAAGAACAGCACAUCUUUAACUUCAUUAUCAUCCAUGGACAAAGGUUAGAUUUUUUUUGUUGAAAACUUUUAAUUAAAUUAGGAUAUUUUUCAAUGCUAUUGAAUUGGCUUAUCCUUUUAACCCUCUGAAGACUUUAAAUUAUUUAUUUAUUUUGAUUAGUUAUUUGGAUCAAAUACAAUUUACAAUGUUAUGAUUUUUUUUUUUCUACAAAGAAUGAAGUGGCAAAUUCAAUUACAAAUAAUAUAGUCAAUAAGUACUAUUAUUGAUUAAUGCUGUUUUUCUUGAAUACAGACUUAUCUCUCAACUUUCUAAGCCAAUAUGGUAGGGCUAGCCCAGCCCAGAGAUCAUCUGUCUCAAACCCACCAAGUGCUCGCAUGGUGAAUAAUAAUAAAAUUCAAGAAGAUGCUAACAGUCAGCUUCAAGAUAAUCCAGAUGGGCUUCCACAUCUAAGUGGCAAAAAACGACAGAAACGUCGUGACUUGAUAACAGUUAAUCUGAGUGGAACCAGAUAUGAAGUUGGUAUGUGUGUAUUAUCAAGGUUUGACAGAGAUUUCCUUGUAGAAACCAUCUUUUUUUGUGCUAAUUUUUGUUAAGCUUUAAAAAUUUCAGAGAAUACUGUGUACCAAAUAUUCUACUGCUUGCUUUUGCGAAUCUCAAAAUGUAGAUUAAAUAUUUUUGUGACCCAGAGAAAGUGAGCUAAACUAGCCUGAAGAACUUUUACAAGUGGGAAUAAUGGUAAAAAUAGAGAAACAAUUGAACUCCUACUCAUAUACCCAUUUAAAUUUUGCAUUUUAGGAUUUCUUCCAAAUUUAAUUCAUCACAAAAUUUAAAAACUCAAUUAUUUAACUGUGGUGAUUCAUUAUUCUUCACGCCUUACCUGAUCAAUCCCAUCCUAGUAUAUGGUAUUGCUUCCAAAUAAUACAUAAAGUAACAAUAAAGUAACAUUUUAAAGAAAUUAAUUAAUUUAUCCUGCUUGUUUUCCAGAACAAAGUAUAGGUUAUAAUAUUUUUUUUGCUAUAAAAAUAGAAUUUCGUUUUAUUUACAGUGCGUCAGGUGGUAGAGAAAUUUGGAUUUACCAUUACUAAAGAUGACGACCCAACUUCGUAAGUCUUUGUCAAAUUUAUACUUUUAUAUUUAUAUAAUUUUUUUAUUUACAACCACUUAAAAUGUAUUCAUUAUGAAUAAAUCAUCAAAUUUAUUUUGCUUUAUUUACUUCCACAGAUAUUUGAUAUGGAAUGACACUUUUGUUUCACCAGAUAAGAUCAGUGAACUUAAACCAUACCAACAUAUAAAUCAUUUUCCUGGUAUGGUUGAAGUAACAAGAAAAGAUUCUUUGGCCAGAAACAUGAUAAAGUAAGUUUCUAUUCUAUCACUCUAAAAAUGGUUGGAUUGGUUCAGACUUUAGAGACAACAGCUAUGCUGUACUUUUCUGAACAUAUUAACUGAUGAUUUUUCCAGGUGACAAUAAAUCUUUUUUUUAGAAUAAACACAACAUAAGAUAACAUCAAUAAUCUAUAAUUAUAUGGCCAUGGUAACCCUAAAGUAUAGGAAACUUGUUACCUGCACACAAAUGACAAUCAACUUUUGGUUAUAAGUUAUAGAAAACGCAUAAAGGGCUGCUCUUGAUAUGUUCAAGUUUGUGAUGUUUACAAUAUGAAACUUACUAAAUGAAAAAAAUAAUGUUAAGCCUUUUUUAACAGAAUGAGUAAAGUGAUGCCAGAAGAAUUCAACUUUGUUCCCCGGACAUGGAUAUUACCAACAGACUAUUCAGUACUUCAGAAUUUUGCUAAAGAAAUGAAGAUAAAAAGAAAGUCUAAAACCUUUAUUGUGAAACCUUCAAAUGGUGCACAGGGGCAUGGGUAAGCCUUUAAAGUCCAGUAGUCUAUAAAUGACAUUGCAAAAAAAAACAAAAAACACUAAGACAAUUUAGUUUCUUAUCAUUAUUGAGCAUGUUUUUGUUUUUUUUAAUUAUUUGAAAAAAUGCAAAAAUAAAAAUAAUUUUUUUGUUCUUUUCUCCAGAAUAUCAUUGUAUAAAAAUGCAGAGAAAAUCCCAGCAUUGGAACACACUGUUGUUCAAGAAUACAUUGAUAAGCCACUACUUCUCGAUGGUUACAAAUUCGAUUUAAGAAUUUAUGUUCUAAUUACAUCAUGUGACCCUUUAAGAAUAUUUCUCUUCAAUGAUGGACUUGUGCGCCUAGCCACUGAAAAAUAUCUCCCCCCACAUGAAAGCAAUAUUGUAAGUUGUUAAAAAGUCUUGCAUAAAUUUCUUUUUUUCCUCUUAAAUAAGUAAAGCAAACUCUUAAAAGAAUUUGUUUAAUUUAAAAAAUUAUGAUACAAAUAAACAACAUAUCAAUUCUAAUUAUUAUUAAGGUCACUCAAUUUGGAUAACAUGAUAUGGAGAACUCUUCUGUGUUUCGUAAAUGGAAACCCACUCUCCUUAAAUGGCAAAGCACAGAGUAUGUGCUUCUCAAUUGUACUGUAUAAAUUUAUCCAAUAAUCACUUAAAAUUUCUUUUAACGUGCAAUUAAAUUUCAUUAUUAAUGUGGCUUUGUAGGUCAUGCUUUUACAAAACAGUACUCAGCACCCAACACGGUCGUGGAAUUUGACCUCAGGGUUAGGCUAUCAAAACAUGGCAUGAACAUUGUCUCCCCCAUCACUUAGAAUACUUAAAUAUUGGGAACUACUAUGUGUGCUAUAUGUUCAAUAAUUAAUUUCUCUGGGACCCUAGUGUAUAAUGCAAUGAAUUAUAUCUAGUUGGAAAGGGGAUUUUACUUGCUAUACCUUAGUUUAUUUGCAAGUCUACAUCGUUUGAGGAUAUUGUAAUAUUAAUUAAUUAUAGGAGUUUCCAAAUUCAGCCAUGGUUGGUCCCAACCCCUUCUAUUUAACAUAUCUCAAAAAUUAUUUAACUUAUAUAAAUAUAAAAGUGUAUCUUAGACAAAACGUGAACAGACACAUAUAAGUCUUUAGGGUUUUGGUCCAGGAUUUUGAAAUUUUUCCGGGUUGGUAUCUCUGAGCGAUUGUCAGUCAAUUUACCACAGGAAAUCUAGCAGAAGGCAAGUAAUAGACCAUCUUGUUUGGGGUGUGACAUACAUGCCCUCUAUUCUGUCCAAACAUCCCAUUUUAUAGAGCCUGCGCUGAUAAGUUUUUUAUUCAUAUUUUUAAUUGCACCCCUAAAGUGUGCCACUGUUCACCAGCCCAUUCGGACGCUUUAUAUUGUCCUUUUUCUUAAGAUUUUUCUUUGGCUUUGCCCUUCAAUAAAGUUACAGUUCUCAGGACCUGAUUUUCUCAAAUUUAUAAAUACACAUAUUAAAACUAUUAGUCACAUCACCACUUGGCUACAUUAAGUUUUAAAAUACAAUAAGUUAAUGAAAAAGAUGUUUUUAGCUGAAUAAAAAAACAAAUAACUCUAUUGUGCAAAUUGUCACUGCACCCAUGGCCGAGGAAUGUUAUAGAAAUUGUGUAGCUUCAGAGCAUGCAUAAAGAUGCUAUUAUUAAUUAUGAAUGAUUAUAUAACAAAAUAUUUGAUAAAAUACUAUUCAACUUUGUUUGUUUUUUUAAAAUUAAAUGUUUGAAUGGACUAUCAAAAAAUGGAAGUAUUAUGGUCAGGGUGAGGCUAAUUAGGAUUGAGUAAUCACAAAUUACUUCAUCUCACGUUAUUAACAAUUAUAAUUUUGCAGCUAUAUAUCAUAAAAUAACUAGACAUGAAAAUGCAGCCAAUUAUAAUCACUGGGUAUUGUUAUAAGUCUGUUAAUUUCAUAAUGCAUAAUCACCUGUUUGUAUCAUACACCUAUUUAUUCCAUAAUCACCUGUUUAUCUCAUAUUUUAGAAUCAUCUGUUUAUGCACCUGACAAACUACUCAGUUAACAAGCAAAGUGAGUUUUAUGAUAAGAAUGUUGCACAUGACAUAGGGAGUAAGAGGUCAAUUCGAUACUUCAAUGAAUAUCUGCGACGCAGUGAUAUUGAUGGGAGCCUACUUUGGCGCAACAUUUCAGACAUGAUCGUUCGCACACUUCUUUUGGCCCAGCCUCAUGUUCUGCAUGCUUACAGGAUGUGCCGCCCAGGUGUGCCAUCAGGAAGUGAUAGUGUUUGUUUUGAGAUACUCGGCUUUGAUAUUAUGAUUGACAGAAAACUGAGGCCUUGGUUGCUUGAGGCAAGUAAAAAUAAAACAUCAUUUUUUUUCUUCAUAUUUUAUUCAGAUACAUUGAAUUAUAAUUUUUUUUUCACUUUUUUUUUUUUUUUCAAAUUAAAUGUAGGCCUGCUGCACACCAGACUAGAGACCGACCGAAUAUCGGUUUUGGCGCCGAAACUGGCCAUUUUAUCACUUUCGGCCUAGUUUCGGUUUCAGCCAAACCUGAAAAGUUAACUAGUUGCUUGAGGAAAGUAAAAAUAAAACAUCAUUUUUUUUCUUCAUAUUUUAUUCAGAUACAUUGAAUUAUAAUUUUUUUUUCACUUUUUUUUUUUUUGCAAAUUAAAUGUAGGCCUGCUGCACACCAGACUAGAGACCGACCGAAUAUCGGUUUUGGCGCCGAAAGUGGCCAUUUUAUCACUUUCGGCCUAGUUUCGGUUUCAGCCAAAACUGAAAAGUUAACUUUCGGCUUAUCUACGGCAGAAAGAGAACAGUUAACUUUCGGUUUAUUUUCCGUUUCGGACGAAAUUGACUUAGACUUUCGGCCAUCCGGCCAAAAGUGACUUGAGGUUUUCGGUCAUCUACCAGAAGUCAUUAGUGAUCGACGUUUUGCUGUCAUUGCAUGUUAUAUAUGACUAAUACUUAGCGAAGGCGGCCUACAGCUGCAUGAUAACCUACUUGACCUGUCCUACAUUUCCAAACAAAUUACAUUUCAAUUAGGCCUAGAUAAAUGUAAACAGUUUAGUGGAAGAAAAACUAUGGGAAUAGUAAUAUUUAUAUCAUUAUUUUUGUUUUAAUUUUUGUUUCAAACAUAAAAUUUGGAACUGUAGGUUCAUUCAGUUCAUUCAUUUUUGGUAUUCAUUUUGAUUUAUCAUUAUCAUGCUCAUCAAAGGUGAAUAAUAUUGCAUAAUCCAUGGGAAUGGUAAAAUUUCCAUUUUAAUUUUUUUUUUUUAAAUUUUUUAAAUGUUAAAAAGCAAACUUAGGCCUUUUCAAACCAUUCAUUUCUUGAAAUUCAUCAUCAUACCGAUAAACAUUAUUAUUCACGAAAUAACAUGCGUUUGCAAGUAUCACGGACUCGUAUUAUAAUUAUGUAGUAGGUCUACUGCAGACCUGUGUACUUUUAUGAUAUUGGCGACCAAUUUAGGUGUCUUUUGCGACUCUACGUCAAGACCCAUGAUCAGAACAACAAUUUUAAGAGACCUGGUUUAAAAAAAUAAUUUUCGCCACCAAUGGGGGUGAAGGAGGUUGGUCUCUGAACUAAAUAAUUACGUCACCAGCACGGAAAGACUAGUGUGUUGUUACUAGGUUAAAUAUCAAUACAGUGAUAUCUUGCAAGCUAUUAAUGAAAACACAAAGCAUUAGUAUUACGAAAACAGCAAAACAUUGUGGUGAUAUUUUUAUACCCUUAAUAACAAAUAUUUAGGUGGCAAUUGGCUCUAUUAGAGCCACAAUAAUUAUUGUGGGUAUAUUUCCUAGGUUGUAAUUAUAUUAUAAAAGCAAAGGGCACCCAAGAGUCUAUUUUGCAUUAAUUUUGCCCCUUUUGUAAUAAUUUUUCCCCCCCCCCCCCCCCCCCCCCCCCCCAUUUUUGCCAAAUUUUCACAUUUUCUCCUACCAUACUAAUUUUAAAAAAUUUUAAAGCAGUUUAAAUUACUUUUAAAAUAAAAUGGUAAAAUCCAAAGUAUUCAUUAGAUCAAGGGUCUCAAACUCAAACCAUCAGUGGGGCUGCAGGAGGUAGAGUCUGAGUGAGACUGGGCCGCAUCAAAUAUCCCACAAUAAAGCAAUUACAAAUUCAUUAAAUUACAACUUUACUUUCUGCUAAACCUUUUUAAAUAAAAAGUAAAAAAAUUAAGGGGUUCUCAAGAACUAGGCUUCACUUUCUUCCAACAACUCACUGUUGCCAGAGAACUGGCAGCGCUUCUUUUUACACAGCUGAGCAACUUUGGUUUGAGUGUGGAAGCAACUGAGACCCAUCAGUAAGUUUGGCCCUGAACUUUGACUUGUUAAAGUGCAUAGUGGAAAAGAGCUUUUCACACAGAUAGGUACUCCCAAAAAGUCAUAUGAUCCGCUUGAACAAUCUAAAAAUGUCAGGGAAGGUGGAGGGCAAUGCAAUAAAAUGUCAUGCUUGUCUGUUCCAUUCAGCUCCCCGUGUGGGGCAUCUUGCACAUUAAAGGACAAAGGGUCAGCAAAAAGCUGAAAAGUGGCUGUCUUUGUUUUGAAGUCUAAAAAAUGUGAUACAAUUAUUUCUGUAAGCAGUAGGGAGGAGCAGGCCAUAGUUAUGAAUUAUUGUUGCAAAGGAAGCAGCUAUUGUAGGUAGAAUGAAUUUUGACGUUUUAUCGUAGUAAAGGCCCUUUUUACUAACCCUAUUUUAAAAGACAAUCCUACUAUAUGGAUCAGAAACUUGGAAAACAACGGCGAGCAUUACGCAGAAAGUACAGACCUUCAUAAACAUAUGCCUUAGGAAGAUCCUGAAAAUCAAAUGGCCAAAUAUUAUCACCAACAAAGAUCUACUAGAAAGGACUCACCAGGUGCCCAUCAAUGAAGACAUCUUAAAAAAAAGAUGGAGAUGGAUAGGACAUACUCUCCGAAAACCCCCAGAUAGCACCACCAGACAAUGCCUAACAUGGAAUCCACAGGGAAAAAGAAAGAGAGGAAGGCCAAAGAAUACAUGGAGACGCAAGCUAGAGGCAGACACGCAAAAUAUGGGAUACACCUGGAAAAAACUGGAAAGGAAAGCACAGGGCCGUGAUGAAUGGGGAAUUUUUGUGGAUGGCCUAUGCCCCAGACUGGGUAAAAAGGCAUAAGAAGAAGAUUUUGAAAGUGACCAAGCUGACAGGCUCGGAAUUUCCCUCACUCGUAAACACUAGCGGCAUUUUUAAUAUGGAUCCUUUGAUAAUUUAUCAGAUUGCUACGAUUUAAACAAUUAAGGUUAUGCAUUACCCACCAACUUACUUUUAAAAACUUUUCUCAAAGCCGCAUCCUUGCCAUGUUUGUCUCAUAAACAGCUUUAAAAUAAAAACUUUUAUUCCGAUUUUAAAACGGUUCUUACCAUUAUAAUCAUCAUACAAAAAUAUAUAGAAACAUAAAAAAAAUCAGAAUUAGACUAGUCCGUGAGAUUUGACUGAAACUGUCACGGAGAGUCACAUAAUAGAUAGAAUGGGGAAAAUGGGCCAGCCGCAUCAACACUAAACUUUGCUGUCAUGUAGCGGGCCGCAAAAUAUCCUCUUGCCGGUCACAAAUGACUCGCGGGCCGCGAGUUUGAGACCCCUAUAUUAGAUUUUAUUCACGAUUAUCUCAUUUUUAUACUUUCCCCCAUCAUUUUCGAUGUAUGCAGAAUGUAUGCGUGAACGAAUUUCAAAAUAUCUAAAUAUUUCGGUUUCGGCCGAAAGUCAUUUUUAAACUUUCUGCCUAUUUUCGGUUUCGCCGAAAGUCAUUUUUAAACUUUCGGCCUAUUUUCGGUUUCGAACGAAAGUCAUUUUUAAACUUUCUACCUAUUUUUGGUGGUGCCGAAAGUCAUUUUUAAACUUUUGGCCAAAAUCAGAAAAUCACUUUCGGUCGGUCUCUACACCAGACCUUAGUGUAACUCUCGGUGAAAAAAAUAUUUUAUUAAUAUUUUAAUGCAUGUCACCUUUACGAUCAAAUUUGUUAAUUUUUUUUAAUACAUAGAAAAGGUUAAAAGUUAAUGUUUAAAUACAUAUAUUUCUUUGGAAAAAAAAAGGAAGUUGAUAGAGGAGUUACAGAAUAUUCUUUAAUAAAAUAUUUUCUUCAUAGAUAAACAGAUCACCAAGUUUUGGUACUGAUGAAAACUUGGACUUGGAAAUAAAAUCUGCUUUAUUAGAUGAUACAUUCAGGCUUCUAAACAUAAAGUAAGUUAUUAAAUGUUCAAAAUAUAAAUUAUGAUUCUGUCACAGUCAAUAUAAUAAGAUUUAACUUUGUAAAGUUUUAAAUGUUAAGUUUGUGAAAAUGAAAUGUGAUAUAAUUGUUUGUAUUCCUGAAUAAAGCUUUCUUUAUGAGGUUCAUGACUAGUUACUUUCAUUAACUUUAUAUUUGUUUUCCAAAUUUAUUGAAACCAAUGAAUAAAGAACCCACGUGGUGGGGAAACACUCUUUAACUACUCCUCACCAACUGUCCACAUCUAAUCCCAAAAGUUGAGGUCAUCCCCGGGAUAUCCGACCAUUGCACACCGUAUUGUGAAUUUCAGGUCAACAUACUAAAAAAGAGACAGAUCAUACGAGAAAUCACAGUUUAUGUCAAGGCAGACUGGGAUGGCUGAGGAAUGCAACAACAGAGCUGAGCUCAAACAUACAGAAGAUUCAGGGUACAGCGACAACAAAAGAGCUGUGGGUGAAGUUUAAGACAACAAUCACUGAUGCAGUGAAGAAAUACAUACCAUACAAGACCACCAAACCUAAGAUAAAUCAGCCAUGGGUCACGGCUUAAAUCUGUAGGCUAAUCCACAGGACAGACUCCCAAUACAAGCAAUUGAAGAAAAAUGGCUCGAUUGAACUGAGCCGAACCAUCCAACGCUUACUGCGCAGAUCUUACUGGAACUACCUGAACGGCAUCUUCUCAGAGGAAGACACUUUGACCAUGGGUGUCAAGAACAAGUGCUCCUGGAGCUAUGUGAAGGACCAAAAGUCCUCAAAUGCUGGAGUUCUCCCCCUGAGGUGGGAUGGCCAUUUGACAUCUGACCCAAAAGCACAGGCUGACAUACUCAAUCAGCAGUUCCAGUCGGUCUUUGCUGACGGUAGAGAGUACUCUGAGACUGAGUUCUGAAGACCAAAAUGAUGAACAGAGCCUACCCUGUCAUGGAAGACAUCCAGAUAUCAGAACAAGGUGGGUUUGCCCUCCUCAAUACCCUCAAGAAUGUGGUCCUGACAACAUCAAACCACGAGUGCUCAAAGAAUUAGCCAAAGAAAUCGCUCCUGCACUGACAAUCCUCUUCCAAUCAUCACUGUGCACAGGAAAUGUUCCAGCAGACUGGAGAACAGCGCAUGUCACUCCAAUCUACAAGAAAGGGGAGCAUUCCGAUCCUGCCAACUAUCGUCCGAUAUCCCUCACCAGCGUGGUAUGCAAACUGUUGGAGCACAUAAUCGUAAACGCAGUCAUGAAGCAUCUUGAAAGCCAAAAUAUACUCAAAGACUGUCAACAUGGCUUCCAAGUCAAUAGAUCAUGUGAGACCCAGCGCCUUGAAUUUUUAGAAGACUUGACAAAUCUGGAGAACAGCAAGCAAACUGAUGUGCUGGUGAUGGACUUCUCAAAGGCAUUUGACCGUGUCAAUCAUAAACUUCUACACAAACUUCAGAGAUAUGGGAUCCAAGGCACUACUAAAACAUGGAUCUCUAGCUUCCUCAGCAACCGAUGCCAAGCAGUAGUGGUGGACAGUACAAGCUCCUCCUUUGUCGAUGGGAAGUUAGGGGUCCCACAGGGAUCAGUGAUUGUGCCCCUGAUUGUUCCUAGCAUACAUCAAUGACCUACCCGAGAAACUGACAUCCCAAGCAAGACUGCUCCCAGAUGACACCGCGGUGCAUAGCACAAUCGCCAACAGAUCUGACCAGGACCAGCUACAACAGGACCUCAGUCGGUUAGCUGAAGGGAAGAUGAGCUGGGACAUGGAAUUUCAUCCUGCCAAGUGCCAGACACUGUCAGUCUCUCGAAGCUGUACCCCUCUACACUACCAUUACGAACUUCACGGCCAUAAACUUGAGCCAGUUUCCUCUGUAAAGUACGGGUGUUACCAUUCAAAGAGAGGUCCGCUGGGACGAGCAUAUUAACAAUGUGUUCAACCAGGCAAACAAGAUCCUGGGGUUAUUAAGGCGUAAUCUAAAGAUUGGAAACUCCAGUGUGAAAGAAAGAGCCUAUAAAGCCUUUGUCGUCCGGUUUUAGAUUAUGCAUCUUCAAUCUGGUACCCAUUCACCUAGCAGAGCAUCAACAGGUUGGAGGCGGUCCAGCGACGGGCAGCACGCUUUGUCCUGGACAGGUUCUGGAAUACCUCUAGUGUUGGCAGCAUGCUGGAAACACUAGGAUGGUCACCAUUGGAGGAAUGACGACGACUAUCCAGGCUCUCCAUGAUCUAUAAGAACAAUAAUGGGCUGGUCCACUGCUCAAGAUUUAAGCAGAAACUUGCCCUUCUCCUCCAUAGACAGUGACGAGGCCAUGACAGGCAAUUCAGGCUCAUACCAGAAAGAAGCCAGUAUAGGAGCUGCUCAUUCCUGCCCAAGACAAUAUGGGACUGGAACAAGCUUUCAAAAGGAACGGUUGAGGCGACAACACUAGACACUUUUGUGUCUAUUGCCUCAAGCCUUCAAACCCCUAGUGCAUGAUUCCCUCACAAAGGGGCACUAGAAAUCAGUGAAAUUUCCUCAUCAACACCAGGAACAGAAACAUUGCAAAUCCCAUCUACAUGCAAAGGAGCCAAAAUGAUCAAUAAAUUGAUCGUUGCCCCUUAAGAUUUAGAAGAACAAAAAUUCCGGCUCAUACCAGCGAGAAGCCAGUAAAGAAACUGCUCAUUCCUGCCAAAGGCAAUCAGGGACUGGAUAAAACUUUCAAAAGGAACAGUUGAGGCGACAACACUUGACACAUUAGUGUCCAUUGCCUCAGGCCUUUCAACCUCCAGUGCAUGAUACCCUCACAAAGUAGCCCUUGCAACCAGUGAAAUAUCAUCAACACCAAACACAGAAACAUUGCAAAUCCCCUCUACAUGCAUAGGAGCCAAAAUGAUAAAUAAAUUGAUCGUGGGCCCUUAAUAUAUAGGAAAAGAAGAAGAAAUGAUUGUCAUUUUUUUUAAAAUCUGCUAAGAGAUAUUUUGUUUAAUUUUCAUAUUUAGAGUGAGUGACAAGCGGCGCAACAUUGCUGCUCAGAAAGCACAGGCACAGAAACGCUUGUUCCGUACGAGCCGCAAGGUUGACAUGCAAGAUUUCACCGAAUUAGAUAAAAAGAAAAUAAAUAAUGAGAAAAGGAAAGAAGAACUGGUGAGUAGGAAUAAUUUUUACUAUAUAUUUUCUUUUUUUUUUUUAAUGGUACUCUAUUUUUAGAGUUUAUAUUAGAAAUAUUGUUUAUUUUAAAAUGGUUUUAAAAUCUUUUUUAUUAAUUCUUUACAUGCUACAAAAUCAGAGCAUGAAAGAUUUGCGCCAUUAAUAAGUGAAAAAUCUGGGCAAUAACAUUUAUAACAUAACAGUCAUUUGUAUGUUCUAUGUUCAAGCAAGCAGUUUUUUAAAGUCAAAACUCAUAAUUAAUACAGGAAAUAUAAAUGACCAUUCUAAACUAAUAACCAAAAAGUAAUGCAAUAAAAUAACAAGGUAUAAAUUGGGGGCAUUUUAUAAACGGAUAGUGAAAUAUUAUUGUUUAAAAUAAUAAAUUUCUCAUGUUUACUAUCAGUAUUAUCUUUACAUGAUAUCUCAGACUGAACUUCUCACACGUUUGAGAAAAAUUGCCGCUAAGGAGGAUUUUGAAAGGCGUCAUUCUGGACAGUUCCGGAAAAUAUUUCCUAGCGAUGAUCCAGUGAAACAAGAACGGUACUGUAACAUCAUGACUCAGACCUUCUCAUUGUUUCUGACAGGUCGGGGUGCAAGUAUGCAGAAAGAAAUUCAAGUAAACUACAAUAACAAAUUCAAAGUAUGUUUCAGUCUCUGCUUUAUGCUAACCCUAAAUUAAUAUUAUAAACUUAUUAAUGUUAUAUGACUCUUUGUAUAGGAACAUUAUAACCGCAAAGCUUUGUUGUUUUUAUUAAAAUCAUGAAUUAUUGUUACUACCACAGACCUGUUUACCCCUAUGCUUUCGCCAUAGUAACUACGUUUUUAAGCCUAAGACUACAGCACUUCGAUUAUCCUUAAAAAACUAUGGUUUUAGGAGUUUUUUUCAUUUGCUUGGUUUAUUUUUAAUUUAAAAAAACAAUUAUGGGGAUUUUUUAGUAAAAAGUUACCAAAUUGUCUGUGUUAACACCAUAAGCAAUGAAAUAAGAAGAACGUUUUCAAUAAACCAACCAGAAUAUUUUUCUUAUACAGGAGAUGUUUUCUACUUGUGGUAGCUAAACACAUGUUCUAGAAUCCCACAGAGACUAAACACAUUGCUAAACUUUUUCAGGACUUUGAAAAUCAAGGCAUAAAAUCAUAAAUUGAUUUUAAAAAAUUGCAAUUGCUAGGAAAUUAAAUAAAUAUACUUUUUAAUACACCUUAAUUGGAUAAUUUUGUUCUUAUGUUUUGUAUUUCAAUAUUGUUUUUAUUUUCAUAUUACCAACAAACAAACCAAAAAAAAAAAGAAACUGUUCAAUAGUCAUGAAUUUUAGUCUGUGCAGUCAGUGCCUUUUGUGCUUGCCUAAGACCUCUUCUCAUCCUUAAGAAACAAAUCGGAGGACACAUAUCCUGUAUAUUUAUUUGUGUUAGCUUACAUAAGCAGUUGAGUGGAUUUUCUGACACUACUUUCAUUUUGAUUGCAACCCCCCCCCCUCCCCAUUGACCAGACUACUCUUUGGAGCUUGAAACUAUGUUUUUCCGAGCUGAAAACUACUCUGGCACUAACCCAGGGGUGAACAGGUAUCCUUAAGAAACAAAUCGGAGGACACAUAUCCUGUAUAUUUAUUUGUGUUAGCUUACAUAAGCAGUUGAGUGGAUUUUCUGACACUACUUUCAUUUUGAUUGCAACCCCCCCCCCCCUCCCCAUUGACCAGACUACUCUUUGGAGCUUGAAACUAUGUUUUUCCGAGCUGAAAACUACUCUGGCACUAACCCAGGGGUGAACAGGUCUGCUACCAACAACUCACUCAGUAACUAAAGUUGAAUUUUAUUAGAUAAUUAAUUAAAAAGUCAUUUUAGUUUUCUACACAUAUCUACAAAUUCCUGGUUCAAAAAUGUCCUGAAAAGAAGCUUUUUACAUGUCUUCUAUUGCCGAUUAAAAAAAUAUUAAACCAUUGAAAUAAUAUGGAGAUAAUUUAGUAAUGAUGUCCAAAAUAUAAAUAAUUUAAAAUCAAACCAUCAAUAUUUUGAAUCAAUGAACUAUUGUAUUUUUAGGAAGAAGAUAUCUUAGACAUGUUGGCAGAGUGUGAAGCUGAUGAGAAAGAAUUAAGGUUAUAUCCUUUAGGAAAACCACCACGAGGACCAAAGGUCAUGCAUAUACUUUUAAAGUAUUCAUUGGUCUUAAUUGAUCAAAUGGAGACAUAACUUUAAACACAAAUUUCAGUAAGAUUUUUUAGUAAAAUGAAGAAAUUUUAAAUUACCAGUACCAAUUUUAAUUUCAUUUUGUGUAAAACAUUUAUCAAACAAAUAAAAACUCUGUUUGAAGAGUAUUUAAAAAACAUUUUUUUAAAUGUUCAGCCUCUGCAGAGCAUGCCAGAAUCAGCAAUCCACCACCCUGAAAAUGAAGAACUUGAUGAUAGUGAUGCAAGUCUAACCACUACUCCCCGCAACAGACCUAGGUCAAGUUCACAAAUACAACUACAGGGCCAAAAAACCAGGGGCAGUAAUGGAAUUAAUACUUGCCCUACAUCAGGCAUGAUCCCCAACAUUACUGGCAAUUGUGUUGUUCAGAGACCAUUAAGUCAUUCUGCUUUGGCUAGUGGUGGAAGCCAGCAUAGGUCUAGGAGUCUUACUCGGGCUAGCAGUACUAACAAGCUGGCUGCUCUACAGCGAUCAAAUGUGGUAAUUAUGUAGUUUGUAGACGAGAAAUAAGCUUUUUAGUUCAAUUUAAUCAAAAUAACAAUAAAUUGUUGUCCAUUCAUCUUUCGAAAGUUUUUGCUUCCAUAGCCUGAUUGUAGUUUCACUUAUGAAAUGAAUUUGGUUUCUGUUAAUUUGCCCUGUGAUUCAUUGAAAAAGAUAUUGAUAUUACAAGUUUUUCUUAUUUCUAAAACAUGUGUCAUUGAUUCUACACUAGGAUGACAACUUCCUGAAUUCUAUAGCAAAGGAGAGAGAGAAUGAGAUGAUAAUGAAGACCUUAAUUUCUCUUAAUGAGAUGAGGAUAAAAUUUCCUGGAAAGUCAGAUGUGGAAGCAGAAUUGAUGCUUGACCAGGUCAAUAAAUCAUUUUUAGUAACAGUAACACAAUUAUCUCAACAGGUUAAACAAAGGAAUUAUAAAGGAAUUUGUUGAAAGUUAAAAACUAUUUUUUUUUACAAUGUCUUGAAAAAAUUAAAUCAGUGCCUCUUAAAGUUUUAUGAUGGUUACAUUUUUCAGCUGACUGAAAACUGGAAAUUCCAUAAGCCCAGGAUAGCCUCUUAUUGGCUAGUGAAAUUAGAUUCAAUUAAGAGAAGAAAGGUAAAACAUUGUUUCUGAAAACAAAAUGAUUAAAUAUAAUAUAAUAUAAUAAUUUUUUUUUUUUAAAUGUGUUAUGCCUAUUUUUUCAUUUGUCUUUAUUUGUUCAGCUAUAUUUUUUUAAUUCCGAAAAUUUCCUAGUGAUGCAAGUUAUAGGAAAUUGAAUGUAAUAUUUAUAUUUAAUAUUAAAGCAAAUUUUAUUUUUAGUGAUGUGAUAUUUUUUAAAAAUAUUCUUUAAAGGAUAAGGAGAUGAGUUUACCUUACUCAUUAAGUAUAUUAAAUUUUUAGGUUAUAGAUAUUGUAAAAUCUAAUGUCCGUGCUGUUCUACAACGUGUGUGGCGAACAACGGAUAUCGAUAAUCUUCGUCUCUAUCGGAUAUUCAGUCGUGUGUUCAACCGCUUGCUUUGGAGUCAUGGUCAAGGAUUAUGGAACUGUUUCUCAUCAAGCCAGUGAGAACAAUAACAUUUUCUUCAUAACAUAACAUUUAUAGUUUUAAUGGGGAUACCCAGAAUCUAGAUAUUUGCUUUGUUAUUUUAUUCUUUUUAAUUUUCUGUAACAUCCAAUAUAUAGAAUGUUAAUUAAUUUUCAAUAUACAUACAUUUCUAAAAAAUAUCUAAAUGUUUUAGACAGACUUGGGAGUCCAUAUUCAGCAAAAGUACAGAGAAUAUUGCAGCAGAAGAGUUGAAUUGCUGUCGUCGCAUAGUUCAGCUCUGCAAAGACUGUUUACUUAUUGUCUACAAGUUUGCAGAUGAGGCAAAGAAUCAGAAUUUAAAUCCCAACAUAGAAUCCCAGGACUUGGCUGUACAACAGAAGGAAAAUAAGCAGACAAAUGCCUCUGUAGGGUGAGAAUUAGGGAAUAUAUUUGUACAUCAUAACUUGCAUUGUUUAACUCUGAGGUUGUCAAAAUUGGGGGAUAGCGUAUGGGGUGCUGAAAGGUUUUGGGAACUUUUUUUUAAAGGGAUGGCGCCAGGACUCCAAAGCGGGAACUGUGCAAUUAUAUCAAAUAUAGUUUUUAAAUUAAAAUUACCAUAUUUUCCGGCAUAUAAGAUGAUUGGGUGUAUAAGAUGACCCCCCUACUUUACCUGUUGAAAUAUAGGGUUUGGGCUAUACUUGCCGAAUACGACUACCCCUCUUCCAACGCACACUUAAUAAAAAUUAAAAAACAUCAGAUUUGAUUUCAAUGUGGUAAUUUUAAUUCAGUUGCUUAUGUCAUGCAGGUAUUUAGCAGGAAAACUGUCACUUAUAACAUAAGGCUGUUUGGGGUCAUCAAACAUGUAAACACAAAACAGUGCAAGUAGAUUAAACUUUUCCUAGUUCACUCUAAAGCUGAAAGGAAGGAUAAGACAAUAAAACCUUGGGAGCUGCCAUGCUGUUUGUCUUCUAAGCUGUCAACCAAACUGGAACUGAUGAUGAUAGGAGGAAGAUAACAAACAAUAGAGAGAGAGCAAGUCCCUGUCUAGUCAGCAACGCCCAUCAUAACUCCAAGCUAUUUGUACAGGUUUUCCUUUAAAAGUCUUCAAAAUCCUCCUGUUCAUCAUCUGAUAUCAUAAGUACAUCAGUGACAUCUUGUGAUACCUUUGUAAGGCAUUCGUCCUUCCAGCCUUUUUUAUUCACAUGUACAAAACAACCAACAGGGAACUUGCGUUUCGGCAUUGUUUUUAUUUUAAAAAUAAUCAUUGGUCUCAGUUUGGCACCAUCAGCUGUGCAUGCUAGUACCACUGUAAAACUUGACUUCUCAUGUCCUGUUGUUUUAAUUAAAUUAGUUUUUUCACCUCUUGGAUGGAAAGUUUUAUUUCCAAGCACAUCAAAAUUCAUUGGAGUUUCAUCCAUAUUUCUGAUACUAUUUAAUGCAUAGCUAUGUUUAUUGCGCUGUUGUAUUACGUAUCGUUGGAAACUAUUUAUUUUACCAUCAAGAUCUGCAGGUAGUUGUGCAAUUUUCGUGUUUUGCCUCAGUACCAGAUUAUACCUUUCCGAGAAUCUAGUAGCCUAUACCAGGAUACAUUGGUCUUAAAUCUGUUGCUGUGAUCUGGGUUAGAUUUGGCCCACUGAAGGGCAAACAAACAUAUUUUAUUUCAUGUCAUUACAUAACCAUUUUGGCAAUGCUCAUUCACUAUGUCUGCUACAUGUUUUUCAAGUUCUGGCCAAUGUGGAGUGCCUCUUCUUGAUGCACACUUACCCCUUGGCAUACUCUUUAAUGCUUUUUCAUUUGCUUUCCAAUCCCGAACCAUCUUUUCUGUUACUCCUUAUUGCACAGUUUACCGAAAAUUUGUUUGAUCGAAAUUUUGACGGAAAAUUGAUCAACAAGAAUUUGAUAGAACGGAAAUUUGGUCGGACCUUUUUUUCAGUUCACACAUUAAAAUUUUUGUCAAAUUUCUUUUUGAACGCACUAUACUAUAUAGUAAAACAAAAUAAUGCAUUCAAAAGACGACCCCUCACUUUUGAAAAGAUUUCAUGGGUUAAAAAGUCAUCUUAUCCGCUGGAAACUACGGUAUCUAUUUUAAAGAUAGAUGACAAACUUUAUGAAAGCUGUAAGUUAAAUAAUUUUUUCACUCAUAACCAGUGAUACAGAAGUCAUUUGAUGUAACUUUCAAACAGAAAUACCAGGAACUAUUAACAAUACAUAUAUGCCAUUGUAUGUUUAGCUAGUUAAUGUGAGCUGAAUUGCAAUGCCUCUCAUCAAAAGAAUGAGUUAUUGCAUGGAUCAUACAAUUGCAUUAUUGAUUGGUAUCACAUACAGCAGUUGAAUGACCAACAAUUAUUGAAUUUUUGAGUUCAUAGAAUCACAGAGUUAAAUUAGGACUGGAUGAAUUGAUUUUUAUUCAAUGAAUCUUUUUUCUCACUCAUGUACAUUUUCUAACAGCUGAAAUUUGGACUUGAAGAUGUUAUAAGUUAUAAACCACACAUCCAGAAACAGAUAUAGGCAACAUUGUCAAUAUUUCGUGUUCUUUAGUAGAUCUUCAAGGAAUUUCCACAAAAGAGCACUUUAUUUCAAAUGAUGGAGUGUAAAUUAUGGAGAACCAAGAAUGAGUAAUUGCAACCGUGUGUUGAUUCUUAUUAGGGGGGAAAAAAUGGGCUCAUGUCUUAAAUAUUCAUUGUGAAAUUUAUCGUCAACAGCAGGAGGCUAAAAAACUCUGAUAUCACCUGUAGUAAAUAAUGGCAACAAAUUAAGUUAAAGACCAUGGAUACAUACAAUGAUACUAACGUUUUUGACAUCAACUUUAACAAAGUAUUUGGCGAGAUUGUCAAGAUUUGUAAAGACACAAUUGCUUCUCUUGAUGUACAUCUCAAAACGGCAUUGAUUAUUUAUCAAAAAUAUUUGCUAAAUAUAUUUAAAAAAAAGAAUUUAAAUUUGUUGUUAGAGAAUGAGAUCAAUUUUAUUAAAUUAAAACCAAAUCUCUCUUCCUUACUUUGCUAAGAAAAUUUACAAUACAGUAAAAAAAUACAAUAUUGGUCAUCUCAAGUUAUAUUUCCAAGCCAGUGUUAGUAAGAAGAGAAAUGUGGGAUGCAAUACAACUAUUUACGGUACCUAAAAUGUGCGAAGUUUUAAGUUUUGGAUUUGCUAAUUAAGAUAAUCUGUUGAUUUCAAGCACAUAUUGUGUGAUAAAUAUGUUAAAUAUUGUGGCAAUAGGUGGACUGAAGGAGGGGCUGAUCCAAAAAUAUUAUUGAGCAGAAGCCAAAUGAGUAAGAGCACAAAGUAUUUUGACUUAAAAGGGAUAAUUUUUAUAGCUUAUUCCGCAUCUUAAAAUUUGGCUAAAAAGCUCAUUCUUUCAUUCGGAAUAUUAAGUUUGGUGGAUGGUGUUUAAAGUGCUGUCAUCAAACUUUGCACCGUUCAUAUAUCUAAAACUGUUGUUAAAUAACUAUACUACAUUAAAAACUUGAUGUAUCGCUUGUUGAAAUUAAUCAGCUUCUUUCAGAAUUAAUAAAAGUAAAAUAUUGCAUUUGUAGGUACUUGAAUAAAUUAAAUACUCUGCUAAAUGUAAUACUUUUGACAUUUAAUUGCGUUAUUUUUGAGGGCUAUACAAAUUAUUAUGUCAUUUUUUUAAUAGGGGGUGCUGAAGGUGAGUUAAGUGCAAACAAACAAAUAAUGAACUAACUUUUUUAACAACUUCAUCUGGUCAAUCAUAAUGUAUUUUUAUCUGAGCAAGCUAACAAACUGGUCAAUUAUAUUGGAUUUUUAUCUCAGGAAGCUAACAAUUUGUUAAAAUUAGUUCAAUUACAAAAAUAAAUACAAAUUCUUAGAAUAUUCAUUUUGAUUUUUUUAUUUGAUUUUUCAUCAAUUAACUCUGCUUGAUUUUUGUCUUUUUAGGUACACAGCAGUUCAUGAUCUAAAAGCAAAUAUGAGUUGGAGUCCUUAUACUCCUUAUAGCCAGAGAUACAACAAGCUAUAUCAGCACUCAAACUUCAGUACCUCAUAAUCCUACCAUGUUUAGGUUUAGCAGCAAAGUUAAAUAUUAUUGUUGCAUAUCAUUGAUAAAUUUGACAAUUUUCAUAAAAAUUAAAUGACACUUUUUUCUGAAAUAUCAUUUAUCCAAAUCACCACAAUAGUAUGGUGCAGGAUAUCUGAAUCAUUGCAAUGUUAUUUAAAUCAUUUUUUUAAAUUGUCGUACUAACUUUAUAGUAAAAAACUUUGUUCCAUAUUUUGAUUGGAUUUAUCUUAAAAAGUUAUGGCUAUUUUAUAUACUCUAUAAAUACCCGAAUGAAUUAACUACCGGUACAAAGUAUUUUUAUAGUAGAAAAAUUAAAGCAUCCAGAGAGGCACUGAUAAACUUCUUUUUGAACAGAUGUUUAUGUUAAUUAAAUUAAGUAUAAUAUUUAAAAAUUAUUAUUAAAAAAAUAUAAAGAUUAAAGAGUUCAUUAGGAUAUUAUAAUGUCACAUUUACAAAUCACAGCAAUGCCAUAAGAAAUGUAAUAUUUUUUUUGUCACAAUCCAAUUUAAUAUUAUGAUGCACCAAAUAAAAAAUGUGUCAGUGUCUCAUUAAUAUAUCAUAUAUCUAGAUGGUGCAUCAGUUUAGUAUUUUAGGAUAAAGAGUGAAUAACUGAACCCCAUUAGCUUUAUAUAGUACCGGUAUAUAAUUAAAUUAUUAAAUUUAAUUUUGUAAUUUGUAAAUCGCUUUUUCAUUUGCAGUUUUGCAGAAAUAAGGAGCCUAUGAUUUAUGAUAAUGAUUAAGCUCAACAUUUUAAAAGGAUGUGCACUAGCUAUUAAUAUGGUUGUAUCAUAAUUUAUUAUUAAAUAGCCAGUGGAAAGAUAUAUUAACAUAUUAUUCUUUAAACUUUAUAAAGAAACAAGUUCAUUUAAACAUAACUAUAUAAUUUUAUAUUUGAGUUCCCAUUUAGCUACUAAUCAUAAUUAGUACAUUCAUGUUUUGACAUCUUGUAUUACAUUUUUAUGUUAGCUGCCAUGAGAUAUUUUAAACAAACUAAACAUCACUUUUGAAUCAAAUAUGGCAUUUAAAAAAUUUAAAUACAUUCAAUCUAUAUGUGACUUUGAUGUCUGUAGUAAUAUGGUUAUAAUAAAAUUUCCAGAUAAUAUUUAGUUUAAGUUAAAUUUAAGGGUAAAUGCCCUUCUUCAUUUUCUUAAAAAUGAUUAAAAAAAUGUAUUAAAAAAUUAGGAACUCCACUUUCUAUUUCUUUUAAAAUUAUUUUAUAUAAUCUGUAAAUCUAUUAGUGCAGUGCUGUCCAGCCCACAGGCCCCUCACAAAGUUAUUUUAAAUGGCCUGCCACAGCUUCAGAAAUUCUUAUGUGUAUAAUACCCCUGUAAGCAAAACAUUUGCUGGUGAAAAUAUUUUCAAACCACAAUCAUUGAUUUAAUAUUAAUAAUAUUGUUGAGAGCACAGGAGAAAUUGUAACAUGGAAAAGGGGAGGUCACUAAACCCAAGGUGUCAAAUAGCUUGACAGGUAGGUAGCCGUAAUUUAUGUUAAACACAUCACCAGACAACCAUUUGGGAACCUGGUUGUCAUAAUAUUGGAUACUAUCUUCUCCUUCUUUCUGUUGCUUGUAUAGGGAGGGCGACGCAGGAUAUCAGAUAUAAUAAUAACUAACUGCAAAAGAUGAAAGGGAUACCAAAAGUAACAAGAUGUUUAGCUAUUUGAUCGUAGUUAAAAUUUACAAGCCCCCACCAAGUUAGAUGAAAUAGAUAGGUGAGCAUAACGAGUUAACCACUGCCAAAGAGCCUUCUGUUCAGAGUAAUUGAGAUGGGAGCUGGGGUACUGGUUCUAAAUGUGUUACAAUUGAAUGACAGUGGUAGGCAGUGGGAACCAUUUUUGGCACCAUGUUAUUCUAACAGAUAGUCUAGCAAGGUAUGGGAGAGUGUGUCUCCAUCCUGUAUUGUUCUGAGGUUGGGGACAAGUACCCGAUAUUAAGAGAUCAGAGUAUGAGUAGAAAGCAGGGUUCUUGCUGUGAUUGUUUGUAGUCAAUACAAUUAGUCAGGGAAGAAUACUGAGACAGUAAGAACGAUUCUUGAAAGUAUUUCUUUUUUUGUAAACAAACAUAAGAAUCAUGGCCAAAUAAAUGGCCAACUAUGAAAGUGUUGUAACAAAAUUUUGACCAUGUUUUUGGAAGCAACCUACAUCAGUGGUAAUGAACAGCAUACCGUACGAAAAACAUAACUCUUUAACUGGUGAACAUUUAAAAUCCAGUAAGGGCAUAUCCAACUGAUAACUACCUGAAAUUAAGAAAAUUUUUAGGUACAAUUCAAAGCAAAAUAUAUCACCAGAACGGGCUACAGUUUUUAUUCACUUUAUUAAUAUUCUUGAUAAGCGGAUACUGCAAUUAGAUAUAUUACUCUUCAUGCAUGAGGUAAUUUGGGGGCCCACAAUCAAUGUAUUGAUCAUUCUGGCUCCUAUGUUGUGCAUGGUUUUGAAGGGGAUACUUCACUGAUUGCAAGGGCUUCUCAGCGAUGGUAUUAUAAACUGGGGGGUUGGAAGACAGGAGGUAAUAGUAAUAGAUGCAAAUGUGUCAAGUGUAGUCCCUCAACUGUUGCUUUUGGAAGCUUGCUCCAGUCCCUUACUGUCUUUGUCAGGAAUGAGAAGUUCCUGUACCGAGUUCUUGUUUUUAAGAGCCCACACUGCCUGUCAUGGCCUCGUCUCUGUCUAGGGGGGAGAGGAUGAGUUUCUGUGUAAUGCUGGAGCAGUGAACUUGCCCAUUUUUUAUCUUGAACAUCAUGGAGAUCCUGGAUAGUCGUCGUUCCUCCAAUGGUGACCAGCCCAGUGUUUCCAGCAUGCUGCCAACACUAGAGGUGUUUCUUUAGGUUUCAGGACAUAGUGCGCUGCUCAUUGCUGGACCACCUCCAACCUGCUGAUGCUCUUCUGGGUGAAUGGGUCCCUGACUGAAGAUACUUACUCUAAAAGCAGCCGGACAAAGGCUUUAUAGGCUUUUUUCUUUCACGUUGGAGUUGCCAAACUUCAGAUUUAGCCUUAGCAACCCUAGGGUCUUAUUAGCUCUGUUGCACACAUGUUAAUGUGCUCGUCCCAACGGACCUCUUAAUAACACAAUUUUCUUAUAUGUCCAUUUGCGGUCCUUGGGUUCUUGGAAAAGUUUUUUUUGCCUACAUAGUCAAAAAGGUUGGACAGCACUGUAUUAGUGCAUGAUGAAAGAAAAUUAUGUUAGGGGUACAAAUUAACAUAUUUUAUUACUUGUAUGAUUAAGUUUAAGAGUAAAAAAAAAAGCUCACUUCAUUCAUUCAAUUAUUUGUACAUGUGUACAUUAAAAAAAAAUUUGGUUUAAAUUUUGCACUACCAUAUUUAUUCUCUUUAGUGUACACUUCAUUCUUCAAGUUAUUCA